GGCCAAGAACCAGAUUAUAUACAAGGAAUAAAUUGAUUAUAUAAUCUUUUGCCACGGGGUGUGCGAGAUCAUGCUCACGUGCGCAGAAGUCUCUGUAAUAUCCUUAGCUACACGGACUACCGAGUGUUACCGAGACGUGCUCUCUCACCGCUACUCCUGAAGUUUAUUGAGAUAGAUAGACAAAUCCAUCAACCAGACAAGAUGUCGCGAGCUUCCAAACCGUAUACCCUUGCCCGACUCAACGAUAUCACUCUUGGUUCUUUCUCAAAUGUCCCGUCUUCUGAGACAUUAAACCAUCUUGUGCGGUACCUCAGCACCUGGAGUGGUAGCGACAAGUUCUUUACGCUCAUACAAUAUACAAUUAAACUGAUAGUGCCGUUCCUGCACUGGCGCGCACGGCUUCAGCACCGUGCCGGUAUAAGGAAAGAUGCAAGCAGCCACGCUGCCCCUUCUCUGGCGAGUUUUGCCAGUAUUGUUAGCGAUGCUAAAAUGUUGGGUAGAUUUUGGGGUCUUCUACCAAUCUUUCAAUGGAUGAUCUCCAUGGAGCGCAACCCCCCACCAACUCGUACGUUACACACUAUCGAACGACUUCAGGGAUGGUCCAUGCUUGGAUUUUACCCCCUCGAGCAUCUUUAUUACCUACGAGCCCAUAAUCUGAUUCCCGCCUCGAUCCCUUCGCUUUCUGCUAUACUUGGUCGCAGCUCGAAACGCAUCUCGUUGAACGAGAAUAAAUUAAUCCUCUGGUCUUGCCGAUUCUGGCUACUCUACAUCGUGCUUCAAUUCGCCCACUUAAGGGAGGAUAGAAAACUUUUGUUGGCGAGGCAGAGGAGCUUGAGGAAGGGGAAAGGAUUUUCCGCUGAGGAUAAGCAGGACCUUCGACAGCGAUGGGACUCUCUCUUGAAUGAAUUGGUGGCUAACGCUGCUAACCUACCCUUGGCCCUUCAUUGGUCUUUGGAGAGUGGUAUCUUCACAAACGAUAUUUGGGUCACUAUGUUCAGCCUCAUUAAUGGUAUUGCCGCAUUCAGAGGAGGAUGGAGGGCAACGGCUCUUCCAUCUGUCAAAGCCGUUGCAUCCCCCGAACCUUCGAACGCUACUGAUACGGUGGACGAAACCAAGUAUCAGUGACCGGGUCAACUUUGACAGAUGCUACUCGUUCACGUCACAACGGGGGAUUAACCGCAUCCGUUUAUCAGAUUUACUGGUAUCAUAUCCUCCAUUUUACGAGGUCUGUUCUGCAAUGACAUAAUUGUCGAUAGACAGACUUGUAAUAAUGUGACAGUUUAAUGUCCCGGUAUAUGGAUGAGGUAUUUACAUUUGAUUUAUUAUAUAUAUGCCAUUGUUCUUCGAGGUCUCUCG